CCGGAGCGCGCGUGUGCGGCCCGGCGAACGCGCGUCGCUCCCUCCGCCCCCGCCCGGCCGUGACGGCGGCACAAUGGCGGCGCCCGUACCCCCGCCGCGGCCCGUCACCCACCUGCUCUUUGACAUGGACGGCCUCCUCCUGGAUACCGAGCGGCUCUAUUCAGUGGUGUUCCAAGAAAUAUGUGACCGCUACGGAAAGAAAUACAGCUGGGAGGUCAAGUCCCUGGUUAUGGGGAAAAAGGCGCUAGAGGCAGCCCAGAUCAUCAUAGACGUCCUGCAGCUCCCCAUGUCCAAAGAGGAGCUGGUGGAAGAAAGCCAGAUGAAGCUGAAGGAAAUGUUCCCCACCGCGGGUCUGAUGCCAGGCGUGGAGAAGCUGAUCCACCACCUGCGAGAGCAUGGCGUGCCCGUGGCCGUGGCCACCAGCUCCAGCUGCGUGUCCUUUGAGAUGAAGACCAGUCGACACAGGGAGUUCUUCAGCCUAUUCGACCACAUUGUUUUGGGCGAUGACCCCGAAGUGAAGAAUGGGAAACCGGACCCCGACAUCUUCCUAGCCUGUGCGAAGAGAUUUUCUCCUCCGCCUCCCGUGGACAAGUGCCUCGUGUUUGAAGACGCUCCCAACGGCGUGGAGGCGGCCCUCGCAGCCGGCAUGCAGGUGGUCAUGGUUCCAGAUCGGAACCUGCACCGAUGCCUGACGUCCAAGGCCACCCUGGUGCUGGAUUCCCUGGAGGACUUCCAGCCUGAGCUGUUCGGUUUGCCGCCCUACGCGUGAGCGGCCCUCCCUGCCUCCCGGCCUCACGGCACCCACUCAGCUGAACCCCGGCACCCAGGAGAUCGCCACAUGACCGGUCCUUCCAGCCCGUGAACUUGACCUUCUAUCCCACGUGGCCUCGGCAUGGCGGACCCGCGCUGACAAGCCACGUCCCAGCUGAGAGACCGCCCAGCAGACGCAGCCCAGGACAGGGACCGAAACACUCAUUUACAUGAUCCUACACCCUAUGGGGGUGACCGUACGGUGUCUUGGCCUCGCACUAGUCAUGUAAGAGUCACGUACAGCCAGGACACAUGCUUGCGUGACAGUGCUUGUGCGUGUGUGUGUAUGUGUGCCUGCGUGUGUAUACGUACUUACACGUAUGCACGUAUAUGUAAAAUACGUCCUUUUCCAAGACAAAACUAAAUCCUCUCUGUGUUCCUUUCUUUGCCUUUUCGGUUUUUCUAAACCCUGGCUGGAAAAUGUAAAAUAUAUGUGUGUGCUUACACAUAUGUGUGUGUGUAUGUACGUAGGUACGUAUACGUUCUAUUUAUAUCCUUCCCUUACAACGUCGCUUUUUAAAGUGUGGGUCUUAAUGUGCCAUAGCAGCUGACAGAAGUAAGAUCAUCGCUGCAUUUCAUUUGCAAUCUGAGUGGAAACGCCAUGUCAUGCACGAACACGGAGAAAUCAAAAUGAAAAUUGACCAUCUUCUGUGCCCUCAAGACUUCUAGGUGGACCUCUGCUCAGAGGCUGUGCCCCUAGAACCUCCUGGUGGACCUCCGCUCAGAGGCCGUGCCCCUAGAACCUCUCGGUGGACCUCCGCUCAGAGGCCGUGCCCCUAGAACCUCUCGGUGGACCUCCGCUCAGAGGCUGUGCCCCUAGAACCUCUCGGUGGACCUCUGCUCAGAGGCUGUGCCCUCAGGACCUCUUGGUGGACCUCCACUCAGAGGCUGUGCCCUCAGAACCUGUCGGUGGACCUCCGCUCAGAGGCCGUGCCCCUAGAACCUCUCGGUGGACCUCCACUCAGAGGCCGUGCCCUCAGAACCUCUCAGUGGACCUCCGCUCAGAGGCUGUGCCCCUAGAACCUCUCGGUGGACCUCCACUCAGAGGCUGUGCCCCUAGAACCUCUCGGUGGACCUCUGCUCAGAGGCUGUGCCCCUAGAACCUCUCGGUGGACCUUUGCUCAGAGGCUGUGCCCUCAGAACCUCUCAGUGGACCUCCGCUCAGAGGCUGUGCCCCUAGAACCUCUCGGUGGACCUCUGCUCAGAGGCUGUGCCCCUAGAACCUCUCGGUGGACCUCUGCUCAGAGGCCGUGCCCUCAGAACUUGUCGGUGGACCUCCGCUCAGAGGCCGUGCCCCUAGAACCUCUCGGUGGACCUCCGCUCAGAGGCUGUGUCCCUAGAACCUCUCAGUGGACCUCUGCUCAGAUGCCGUGCCCCUAGAACCUCUCGGUGGACCUCCGCUCAGAGGCCGUGCCCUCAGAACCUCUCAGUGGACCUCCGCUCAGAGGCCAUGUCCCUAGAACCUCUCGGUGGACCUCCGCUCAGAGGCCGUGCCCUCAGAACCUCUCAGUGGACCUCUGCUCAGAUGCCGUGCCCCUAGAACCUCUCGGUGGACCUCCACUCAGAGGUCCAUUCUGCACUGUGCCGUCAGUAGUUUGUUCUCAGUAGGAAGAUAACUGUGGGCUGUAUCUUACCUUCACCUAAGUGCAUGUCCACAUUUGAGGAUACGGUUUGUACCUCACAAAAAAACCAUCCCCCUCUUUGAAAAACAGACAGUUGUCUAACACAGCGUUUGAUCCAAAUAUAAUUUGAAUUCAGAAUACAUACUAGUGUGACCAAGAGCCUUAUUAGCACAUCUCUGAGAUCGUUUACCCGACAACGUUACACUUUGCAGUGAACCCCUUUUUUUACUAGAUUUGCUCGGCCUUUUGUGGUGGGAACGUUGAGAAAGGCAUUGGAAUAUAGGAAGAGCAGUCCCUGGGUGCACCUGCCAGCUGAUGUCAUUGUCACUGGAGCUGAUUUCCAACGGGGAGUGGCAGCAAAGUCAUGGUGAUGAAUCCAGAUGUGCCCAGGGUUGGUUCUCUGUUGAUGGUUCCUCUGGCAGUUGAUCAGUUUUAUAUCUGUUCAGCAGAUUCAUUUCGGCAUUAUUGAUGGUCAUGUACGCGUCUGUUCUCAGUUCUCCCUCAGACCCGUUGUAACAUCUUACUGGGUCUCUCACCAGUUAAUUGAGUUGAAUAAAAUCCUUGACAUCACUU